AUGGCAGAUUUACCCAAAAGUAGAUUGGCAAUUGAUCGUCCAUUUGCUAAAGUGGGGGUGGAUUAUUUUGGGCCAUUCCUUAUAAAGGAGGGUGGUAGACGCUCAAAACGUACUCGUAAGGUGUACGGUUGUGUAUUUGUUUGCAUGCUAACAAAGGCAGUUCAUUGUGAGGUAGUAGAGAGUUUAACUACCGAGGCAUUUAUUGCUUGUUUUAAAAGAUUUAUUUCGCGACGAGGAUUAUCAGCAGAAAUAUUUUGCGAUAAUGCGACCAAUUUUGUUGGUACAAGCAAUGAGCUUCGGGAAUUGUAUACAUUUUUAGAGAACGUAGAAAUAAUUUCAGAUGCAGUUUUGCAAUAUCGUGUUAAGUGGAAUUUUAAUCCACCAAAAGCGCCUCACUUUGGUGGUCUAUGGGAGGCUGCGGUAAAAUCUUUUAAAAAUCACAUUUACAAAAUCGUGGCUCACGCAAAUUUGGAAUUUAUAGAAUUUUACACUUUACUUAUCGAAAUUGAAGGUGUUCUUAAUUCUCGGCCGUUAAUUCCUAUGAGCUCAGAUCCUAAUGAUCUCGACUUUCUCACCCCGGGUCAUUUCUUAAUUGGUGACCACAUGCGUGCUUUACCAGAACUUGAUUUAAGCGAAGAAAAGCCCAAUCGUCUGUCUCGUUGGCAACGUAUUCAGCAGUUGCGGCAGCAGUUUUGGAAGAAGUGGAGUCGAGAUUAUGUCCAAGAGCUCCAAAGGCGUCAAAAAUGGAAAAUUCCAGGAGAUACGACUCUUACCGUUGGUCAACUUGUGCUUCUUCAAGAAGACAACGCUCCGUCACGUCAUUGGAAAUUGGGUCGUGUCACGAAAGUCCAUCCUGGUCCAGAUAACGUUGUGCGUGCGGCAACAAUUAAGACGUCACAUGGUGAAGUAAAACGACCAUCAGUGCGAUUGUGUGUGUUACCAACAAAUUAA